GACUUGGAUUGACAUGGAGAUCCGCAGGAGGGUGACAUGAUGUCAAUAAAAGGAGUGCUCUGGGUGCUGGGUAGAGGAAGAGAGUGAGGAUGAGGGGUUAACGGUGGAGUCAGAGGGAGCCCAGUGAGUGCCGGGAGCCCAGGGUGGCAGAGCCGCGGUGCAGGGUUGCAGGGUCCCGGAGCUAGGGAUGGAGGCUGUUGCAGGGCAAGUGGCCUGGUCGGCCUCUCCUUGGAGAGGCGGUGAAAGCAGAGACUGGAAGGCAGAGAGCCUUGCCAACCUGUGGCGAAGAGCUCUCCAGAGGCAGCAGCCGGUGGUGCAAAGGCCCUGGGGCAGGCGCAAUCAGGCUGCGCAGAGGCCGGAGCUCCGGGAGGCGGCACCAGCGAGGGCCAGGCGGUGGCCGCCUAGCCGGAGCCGGGCGAUUACCUUACAAGAUAUGCUGCUGCUGAAGAAACAGACGGAGGACAUCAGCAGCAUCUAUGACAUCCGAGGGAGGCUCGGCUCGGGUGCCUUCUCCGAGGUGCUGCUGGCCCAGGAGCGGGGCUCUGCACAUCUCGUGGCCCUCAAGUGCAUCCCCAAGAAGGCCCUCCGGGGCAAGGAGGCCCUGGUGGAGAACGAGAUCGCAGUGCUCCGUAGAAUCAGUCAUCCCAACAUCGUGGCUCUGGAGGAUGUACAUGAGAGCCCUUCCCACCUCUACCUGGCCAUGGAACUGGUGACGGGUGGUGAGCUGUUUGACCGAAUCAUGGAGCGGGGCUCCUACACCGAGAAGGAUGCCAGCCAUCUGGUGGGUCAGGUCCUCGGCGCUGUCUCCUACCUGCACAGCCUGGGCAUCGUGCACCGGGAUCUCAAGCCUGAAAACCUCCUCUAUGCCACGCCCUUCGAGGACUCCAAGAUCAUGGUCUCCGACUUUGGGCUCUCCAAAAUCCAAGCUGGCAACAUGCUAGGCACUGCCUGCGGGACCCCUGGAUAUGUGGCCCCGGAACUCUUGGAGCAGAAGCCCUACGGGAAGGCUGUAGAUGUGUGGGCGCUGGGUGUCAUCUCCUACAUCCUGCUGUGUGGGUACCCCCCCUUCUACGAUGAGAGCGACCCCGAGCUCUUCAGCCAGAUCCUGAGGGCCAGCUAUGAGUUCGACUCUCCUUUCUGGGAUGACAUCUCAGAAUCAGCCAAAGACUUCAUCCGGCACCUUCUGGAGCGAGACCCACAGAAGAGGUUCACCUGCCAGCAAGCCCUGCAGCAUCUUUGGAUCUCUGGGGACACAGCCUUCGACAGGGACAUCUUAGGCUCAGUCAGUGAGCAGAUCCAGAAGAACUUUGCCCGGACGCACUGGAAGCGAGCCUUCAAUGCCACCUCAUUUCUGCGCCACAUCCGGAAGCUGGGCCAGAGCCCAGAGGGCGAGAGGGCCUCUGAGCAGGGCAUGGCCCGCCACAGCCACUCAGGCCUCCGUGCUGGCCAGACCCUCAAGUGGUGAUGCCCAGGCAGAUGUCAAGGCCAAGCGACUGAUCCCCAGAUUUCCUUCCCUUGGACGCCUUCGGUCCCCUCCCCCAACCUCUCCCCCUGUGGCUGGCCUGUGCUGGAGUUUGAAUUUGAGGGUGUGGUGAAUGGCGCUGGGGUGGGAAUGGGGCACCCCCAAGUCUGUCCCCAGGCUCUGUCCUGCCUGGGGACAGUGGCUCCCCUCCUCUGUUGCCUCGCCCAUCCCUGUCCCUGCCCCACCAAAAGACUGGGAGGCACAGGCAGGCGGGCCUCAGGGGCUGUCUUUCCUGCACGGCUGUUCUGUGCUUCGCUGAGUGUAAGUGAUCCUGCUCGUGUCAUGGUCGUGGCCUUCCAGCCCCCUCCAGUUUUCUCCAAACCAAUAAAGACAGACAGAGCAA